AUGUCUGGUUCCGGAAUCAUUGUCAAGCCAUUCCGCGGCUACAUCCCACCCGCUGAAAAGAUGAGCGAUGUUAUUGCCCCACCAUACGAUGUUGUCACACGUGAAGAAGCCUCCAAGAUGGGACAAGAGCGUCCACAGUGCGUUAUCCACAUUAACCGCCCAGAAAUCGCCUUCCCAGGUGUUAAGGAGACAGAGGACUGCGUCUACCAGAAGGGCGCUGAACUCCUCCAGAAAUGGAUCAAUGAUCAGCUUCUUAUCCGCCACGACAAGCCAGGAUUCUACGCAUAUCGUUCCAAGCUUGGCGGCUAUUCACAGGUUGGUCUCUAUUCUCUUUUCUCUUGCCAGCAGUACUACGAUGGCCUCAUUAAGAAGCACGAGCAGACACGUAAGGCUCCAGAAGAGGACCGCACAAAGACAGUCAGAAUCCAGAACGCCAACGUCGGCUCUGUCUUCCUUGCCUAUCGUGGUGCCAGACACCAAGAACUUCGUGAUUACGUCAAGAAGCUCGUUGAGGGCCCAGCUGACCGUGUUGCCCACCUCGACUUCGAUAACACAGACCACGAGCUCUGGUUCAUCGAUGACGAAGAGAAGGUUAAGAAGAUCCAAGAAUUAUUCUCACAAGUUCCACACGUUUACAUCGCCGAUGGCCACCACCGUGCUGCUUCUGCUUGCAACGUCUGGAAGGAGCGCAAGGAAGCCGCUGGAGACUCAUACACAGGAAAUGAGCCAUACUGCUACUUUAUGGCCUGCGUUUUCUCCGAUGAUGAGCUCUGCGUUAUUGACUACAACCGUGUCAUCAAGCAGAACCCAUACACACAGGAGGAACUCUUCCAGAAGUUAGAAGAGAAGGGAUUCAAGCUUACACCAAUGGAAGGAAACGAGAAACCAGAGACACCAGACUUCCUUCCAAUGCACCACGCUCGUCCAAUGCAGCACAAGGUCUUCUCCCUCUUCAUCCAUGGAAAGUGGUAUCGCAUGGAAUUCACAGGCAAGGCUCUCUCAGAGUCUGCUGCUGAUAACAUCGAUUCCAAGAUCCUUACAGACUUCUGCCUCACACCAAUCUUCAACAUUACAGACCUCCGUAACGAUCCAAGAAUCAAGUUCAUCGGAGGAACACGUGGUCUCCAGGCUCUCGAAGAGGCUUGCAAGACAGAGGAUUCCCUCGCAAUCGCUGUUCCACCAGUCGAAAUGUGCCAGCUCUUCGACGUUUCUGACGAAGGCGCAAUGAUGCCACCAAAGUCUACUUGGUUUGUCCCGAAGCUCGCUGAUGCCAUGGUCAUCCGCGUAAUUGAGGGAGAUGAAUAA